CUCCAGUUUCGAGGUUUCCCAACCUUUCGCAGACACCCUGUAUAGAGUGAGACUAGGUGGUCGAGUGUCAGUUUAUUGUUUAAUCCUCGAGAAUAAAUGUGGGAGAAGCUAUUUGAAUUUGGUUAGCAUAUAGAAGAAGUAAACGACGUAGGAGGGAAAGGAUAUAGUGGGUUCACCCAAUUUUAAGGAAUAGGCUUUCUACAAGUUUAUACCUUACACUGUGUGUCCUAGCCUUCGAAAGCCUGAACCUAAAUUUUUCAACUACUUAGGAUGUCAAUAAAAUCGUUUAAUAAACUACUGUCCAUCAUUAAGGAUGAUAUUGUAGCAGAUGCAAAUGCAGUAAGGUAUUGAAUUUCACCAGAAGAAAAACUCAUUGUUCCACUAAGGUGUACCAUCAAAGAAAAUGAUGAUGCUGGGCAGCUAGGGCAGCAUCUAUAAUGUACGGGUGGGGGAGCACUAUUCAUGGAGAGUUGGGUUUGGGAGGAGUGGAGGAUGAACACAUCCUUGCUCCAACUGUAGUUGAUUGGUACCUAGCAAAUCAAGUGAAAGGUGCUGCUCUGGGAGAUGAGCACACCCUGUUGUUGACUAAUGAAGGGAAGCUGUACUCCUGCGGUAGUAAUGAUUAUGGACAGUUGGGGCAUGAUCAGCCCCGGAAGCGGCCACGUAUGUCUUUAUUUAACCCUGUAGAAGGUCUAGAUAACCAUCCGAUAGCAAACGUGGCAUGUGGUCAGGCACAUUCUAUGGCUUUGGACAGUUGGGGACAAGUUCACUCAUGGGGCUGUGACAGACAUGGAGAAUUAGGCCAAAAUGGCUCUGAAGAGGCUCAAAGGUUACCGAAGAUGGUUAGAGCGCUAGUCAAAUACCACAUUGUGCAGAUAUGUUGUGGACAACGACAUUCUGUUGCGUUAGCAAAUAGUGGGGAAAUACUGACGUGGGGAGCUAAUGACUAUGGACAAUUAGGUGUCGGACAGUAUUCUCAAAUGGAGACCACACCAAUAUUAGUGCAGUCAUUGAAAGGUGUUCCAAUAACCCACAUAGCAUGUGGAGCCAACCAUACUUUUGCCGUUUCAAAAUCUGGUGCUGUAUAUGGUUGGGGUAAAAAUACGAGAGGACAACUAGGCAUCAAUGACACACAAAAUAAAGUGUUCCCCACCCAACUUCGGACUUUGCGCAAUAUUAGAGUGAGGUAUAUUUCGUGUGGUGAAGAGUUUUCCAUGUUUUUGACACUUGAUGGUGGUGUUUUUACAUGUGGCGCUGGAAUGUUCGGACAACUAGGCCACGGAUCCAAUUGUAAUGAAAUUUUACCGCGACAGAUUGUGGAACUAAUGGGUUCGACUAUAACUCAAAUAGCAUGCGGGCGACAACAUUCCUUGGCCUUCGUUCCAUCCAGAGGGCGUGUCUACAGCUUUGGAAUAGGCGGAUCUGGACAGCUGGGCUUAAGGAAGCCUUCCAGCGCGUCUACUCCUCAAGUAGUGCUGGGGCCUUGGGUUUCGCCUAGUGGUAUGUCACUGGUUCCUCAAAAUGACAAAGUUAAGAAUCUUAUCAUCCACAGAAUAUUUGCUGGCGGUGAUCACAGUUUGGUGUUAUGCAAGGACAAAGAAAGCAGGAUACCCCCGUAUGAUUGUCGAGAACUCUAUCCUGAAACUCAGAUACUCACACUCACUCUCGACUACGUUAGAGGGCUUCAGCGAUUUGCAGGAAACAAGCCUGUAGAUCAAGAUGUUCUUAGUUACCUAGAAACUGUAUUCAAAAGUCUAUCAUGUAUGAAUGGGUCUUUUCUGUUGGACAGUAAUAGGCAUUAUUACUGUACGAGUAAGCAUCAUGGCGUGGAUUUGGAGUUAACGGAGGCUGCGUAUUCGACGAUAGGAAGACUGGAAAAUGCUAGUAUAAAAGAUUUGAUAUGGAACUGUAUAACAGAAGAUAUAAUUCCUCAUCUAAGUCCGUCCCCGCCCGAUGUUGAAAGUCUUCGUAUAUAUCUUACAAUUCCUCUGUAUCAUGAGUUCAACAAUGCAAAACAACACCUCAAAUUGCAUAAACCAUUUGCUAGAGCAGCACUUAAUUUGCAACGGGCUGCAAGUAAGGUAUUAGCAAAUUGGUGGUCAUUAACCAAUAGAUCUUACUUCGAAAGGCUAGUGAAUAAUUUCAAGAUAGUUUGCAGCUAUAUUUUGAUGAAUCAGAAGGUUCCAGAAGGAAAGACGGUAUUUUAUGAUUCUAGUCUAGUAGCUAUGUUAGAUCUUUUAGCGUUUUUGAACAAAAUCAAUCAUAGUGUAGACGGACUAAAAGUACCAUAUGACACCUUCCACUUGAACGACCUGUCAGAUUAUCUGGAUAUACGGGUAGAUUACGUCUACUGGCUAUCCGACCAAGGGAGCGGAAAACUGUUUUUGUGCAACUAUCCAUUUUUAUUUGAUGCUCAUGCCAAAGUACAAUUAUUAGAAACAGACCAGGCUUUACAGAUGCAGAAAGCGAUGACCGAUGCUGCACAAAGUGCCUUCGUCUCAAUGUUUUUUUCACCAAAUAGUCAACGCGCUACCCAGCAGUUUUUAGUACUUAACGUCACUAGAGAGCACAUAGUUGAUGAUACUUUGAGGGAGCUAAGUCAAGUCAACGCUGCAGAGCUCAAAAAACCUCUGAAGGUAAAGUUUUGUGGGGAAGAGGCUGAAGAUGCUGGUGGAGUAACCAAAGAAUUUUUCCUUUUACUUUUAAGGGAUAUACUAGAUCCAAAAUAUGGAAUGUUUAGGGAGUACGAAGAAACUAGAGCAAUCUGGUUUGUUGAGACUAGCUUUGAAGACAGUGAUGUUUAUUUUCUUAUAGGCAUGAUCCUCGGUUUAGCUAUAUACAAUUUUACAAUAAUCGAUGUCCCGUUUCCGCUGGCAUUAUAUAAAAAGCUUUUGAAAGAGCCUAUAGGAUUGAGUGACGUCAGAGGUCUAUCACCAAUGAUGGCCAACUCUUUGCAAAGUUUAUUAGAAUAUACUGAAAAUGAUUUGGAUGAAGUAUUUUCUUUGACGUUUGAAAUAACUAGAGAAAUAUAUGGAGAAAUGGUAACCGUACCUUUAAAGCCAAAUGGAGCUAAUAUCAAAGUCACUCAAGAAAAUAAGCAGGAAUACGUUGAUUUGUAUGUAGAUUACAUAUUUAACAAGUCAGUUGAGACUCAGUACGAGGCAUUUCAUAUGGCUUUCAUGAAAGUAUGUGAUGGUAGGGUACUCCAGUUAUUCCAUUCUCAUGAACUAAUGGCUGUGGUAAUAGGCAACGAAAACUAUGAUUGGCACGCAUUAGAAGAGGCUGCGGAUUACAAAAACGGGUAUAAAUCAUCAGACCAAACAAUAAGAUGGUUUUGGGAAGUCAUUCAUGAGAUGUCAGAAGCAGAUAGAAAAAAAUUCCUACUUUUCCUCACAGGAAGUUAUCGGAUACCCAUACAGGGCAUGAAAGCAAUAAAAAUCACCAUUCAACCUACCAAUGAUGACAAAUUCCUGCCUGUCGCCCACACUUGUUUUAAUCUUCUGGAUUUACCAAGAUACAAAACGAAGGAAAGGCUCAGGUAUAAAUUAAUGCAGGCUAUUCAACAAACAGAAGGUUUUUCACUUGUGUGAUGCGUUAUUUUUUAUUAUUUUUUCUAUCUUUUUAUAAGAAUUGUAAGCGACAGUGAUUUAAUAUACAUUAUAUACUAUAUACAUACACCUUUCUUGAAAGAAAGACAAACAACUGCCAUGUAGUUCUUUAUUUAGUGACAUUGCUAAGUGCAGUAAAACCAUAUUGUCAUUUGAUGCAAGAUAUAUUUUUGUAUGUAAACGUAUAGCUGUUGAUGCAAAACAAUUUGUUGGAACUGAAUUCCUCAUUUUGAUUUAGAUCGGAAUGCUUAUUGAUUGUUUCUGUCUACUUGCAUUUGUCACUAUUAAGAAUAAACUGUAGUCAGAACAGAGAUGUACUAAUAUGCAGGUUGCGAAAUUUUUACCAUUCGCUUGUAUCAUUACGACUUAUUCAGCAGCACUUGCUUUAAUAGUAUCUUCUGAGAUUUUUUUACCCCAAAGCAUUCCAAUUGACAAACUUCAAAAAGUUUGAAGAUUUAGUAUCUAGUGAGUCACAAAAAUGCUAGUCGGCUUUUUCAAAAGAUCUGUAGCGUGAAGCAUGCGUCAGUUUGCUCAAAUUCCAAUAAACUGAGAAACUGAAAUACGGCAAGGGAUAAAGGUAACCAAGCGCGAGACAUUUUCAGUAGAAAGCCACUCCUCAUCUGAAAAAUAUGCCCGUGUAGAGUAGCCUUUUGUAUUUGCUCACACCACGCAACAAUUUCGACGGCAUUCUCUACAAGGCUACCAUCGAUUCAGAAUUGCUCCUCUUUUUAGGUCGCUAUUGAAGCGUUAAUACACCCACUAGCUUAUUUUUGUGAGACAUCUUUUUUUGGCCUACAUAAUUUUUGUCAUUUUAUUGCAAUCCUUUGUGAAUUUAUUGUGAGAUUUUCAAAAUAAUUAAGUAUUAAAAUAAUGGCAAAUGCAAACAUGUCAUCGUAUAUUUAUAAGAACCACUUGUUGAUUUCAUGCAAAAAAUGUAUAUGAGAAUAUAAAGUCU